CUCCUUGAGUCACGGUUUCCCUGACGGUCUCCUCGCUUUCUCUCGUGGUGGGCAUGCGCUACAUCCAUUCGUCUCCCAUCCUACCACCAGGACUGGUCACCUUGGGUUGCGUUGAGCACGCGAAUGGCUGCUGUGACCCUCCGUUUUUUUCACUGACUUGCGGGUCCGCUGGGUGAUUCUAGAAGCGUUUUCUAGAGGUAUCUCAGCCCAAGUCUAAAUGUUUCACCUGGCCGUGUUCGAGGAGGCUACCUGCCGCAUCCCGGUCGUCUCUGGUGCUCAAGUACGCGUGCGCGGUGCUGUUGUAAAUAUCAGGAUUCCCGUCUUCUCUCGUCCCUCAGCUGCAACGCGGUUACUGCGGGGUGGCUCCUUCACCUGGUCGCCGUUUGUGUGCCUUCAACAUGGGUCCUCGGCAAGCCGUUGCUGCUCAGGGAAGUUAAGAUCGAGGGCGUUCCACCCUUCCGCAGAGGAGCCGGAGACCAGCUUUGAGGACAGCCUGAGCCCGUUAGACUCAGCACUUCACCGCGAGAAGCCAGCAGACCUCUGUGGAAGACCGUUGUCCGCCAUUCCCCUUGACCUGAAUCCGGGCCGUCUUGAUCACAGGGAGACCUCGGUUAGCGCAGGGAAUAAGAUACACAGACCUAUCGUUCGAUCGCCCAGCCAUACACAUACUCUGCCCGCCUUCUUGCCUCUCUCUCUUAGACCGCAGCGUAGGCCAUCGGUAGCUGCUUCUGCUGUCUCACCGAGGACCGCAGGUGUGACGAGCGAUCAGGCCCCGCUGAACCAGUUACAUUCACUGCCGUCUGUGGCGGGCUUCAAUAGCAUCGACCCGGGCGACAGAACCAGGCGGACACCAGAAGAGGGCUCUGCGUCUCCCAAGCUGGUUCCGGGCAGUUUAGGGCAAGGCUUUUCUACGUGGAGCGGAGCCGUGGGUCUUCUUGCUGUCUUGACUGGCCAGUUGUCGGGAAAUCUGUAUCGGCUGAUCGGCGCCACUGCUGCUCUCUCCACGUCCACUGCCACCUGCCUGCCGCUCUCUCCGGCAUCGUCUCCGUCCACGUACAGGCUAAUGGACGCGGGGGUUAAUGAACCCGCCACAGUCACGGCGGCCGACAUUGGGGAUGUGGACCAGCUACAGGCAUGGUUGGAGGCGAGGCUGCCGGGCGGCAAGGCGGUGCUGGAGAGGUGGGGCAGUGAGCGGGGCACGAAGCGGGUGGCGAACCUGUGGCAGGAGCUGACGGAGGGCGAGGUGUGCCUGGUGGACUCCAGUCCCCCGCUGCGCAAGGUGAGCGUGGUGAGCGUGCACGUGCGGCACGCGCGCACGGGCAGGGUGCUGGUGGAGGCCAUGCAGGAGAUGGCGGACGGUACGGUGCGCGCCAGGAAUCGCCCGCUCUCCGAGAAGAUGCGCCCCACGGAGAACCCUCUGGACGCGUGCCGGCGCGGCAUUCUCGAGGAGCUGGGGGAUGACCUCGGGGCCAGCGACCGGGUGACGGUGCUGGCGGACACGCUGCGGCGGCAGGUGGAGGAGCGCGACUCGUUCUCGUACCCGGGGCUGCGCACGCAGUACGAGAUCCACGUGGUGGGCGCCGUGGUGGCGGGCCUGCCCGACGCGAGUUUCUGCACCGUGGAGAACGAGGGCGAGGACAAGGACAAGGCGCACGCUUCGCUGCACAGGUGCGCCGCUGUCAGGGGGGACGGCCCAUGCUUGUGGGCCGCCAGCACGACCGGCGAGCCCGGGCCCAGGCCAUGCGGGCGAGGUGGUGCAGGUGCGGCGAGCAGGGGGGCAGUGUGUUCAAGUGAGGGCGAGGCGCAGGGCAGUGCGAGUGACGGUGAACAGCGUGCCCUGGGCGUGAAGAGGCACUUCUGGGUGUGGACGGACAGAAGCUGACAGACCAGCCUGUGCUUUGUGUACAGAGUUAAUGCCGUUGCCCUCCCUAGAUUGUUUGUAGGUAGUCCCAGUCACGGUACAAGUCUUGUGCUCAUAACUUAGUUGCAGCUGAACAUUGAUCUCUUAAAAAGUCCAUGCAGGAUUUGUUCCAGG